AUGGACUGCGCACCUCAAAUCACAAAUGCUGUUGAAACAGCCAUCCCUUUAUGCCAGAUCAUUUGGUGUGGCGUUCAUGUGUUGCGCGCUGUCAUGAGAAAGGCUGAAAAGUUUCAAGAUCGUUCCAACUUCGAAACUUUCUAUAACUUAAUGAAGUUAUUGGUCUUUGGUUCUGAAGAGGAAGAAAUUGAUCCUGAUGAAGUUUACAACAAUUUAGAAGAAAUUUUAAAUGAGGAACCUGCUGCCCGUGAAUACUUUGACCGACAGUGGCGCCAUCAUCUUGACAGGUGGAUGCUUCGCUAUAGAAAUGAAGGAGAUGGAACAAACAACAUCUCGGAAUCACAUUUCAAGGUUUUGAAGCACCAGUACUUCCCAGAAAGGCGAAAUCUUUGA